CGGUAAUAGAGAGCUGCAAGCUGUUCAGCGCACAUAGGAUCUUGAUGAUCCCAAGAUGGCUAUUGGUGGAAGAAAUCAAAGGAAAGCUUAAUGUUACUCGUGCUCUACGAGUUGGUUACUUGAAGAAGAAGGUAUUGUUACGUAUUUAACAAUCCAGGCCCAAAACGGCCCAGUUGAAGAACAUCCCGACCAAACCUAGUUACGUUUAGCUCAAAUCCGCCUCUGUUCUGUCUGAUUCAGCGUGAGGAGUAUAAUUGCGAUGGUUUACAUGACGUCGGUUCCAUCCACAGUAGCGAAGAGAUUCGUCUCAAGAUUCAUCUCAAGAUUCUCAACUACUAUACCACCAAGAUAUUACCUUUCUCCGGCAGAAUACGACGCUGGUCUUAAGAGGUUUGGUAUUUCGGAACAGGCUAAAAGGGAGAGGUCAGUGCGGAGGCUGGGUGAGCCCGUUGUCAGGAUAAUGGAAAACUUCAAAAAGAGGAGAAACUUGAAAGGCUUGUUUGAUUAUGUACGUAGAGUGGACGAUCGCUUUGUUUGCUCAGUUCUUGACAUGGACGCUGACAUAAUCGCCAAGAUUACGUUUUUCCGUUCUGCUUGUAGAAGAGGAAACUUUCAACUUAACGACUCCACCUACGUGGCCUUUCAACAUUGCCUUGAAGAAGAGGCUAGGAACCUUGAUGAUAAUUCUGAUGCCGCACAGAGUGUAUACACCUCGCUGUUUGGAGUAUACUGUAAGCUAGGUAUGUUUGAGAAAGCUUUUGAUCUUCUCGAGGAGGUUAAGAUGAAACAGUUUACUUUCUCUACUUUUGCGGUACUGAUACUUGAAUUUGUCAGAGUGGGGAACUUAGAAGAAGCAUAUGAUUUGUAUGUGAACAUUCGUAGAGAUUGGUUGAGGUGUCCUCGUCUUGUCUUGUUACACAAGUUGAUUAACAUUUUGAGGAAAAUAGAUAGAGUUGAGGUGUUAACAAAGGUACCGCUAGUGUGGAAGUACAGUAAUGGGUACGAUGCUCUGAUUGAGGCUCUAUUUGAGUCCAAUGCACCUGAUUCAGAGGUGAUGUAUCUGUUUGAUCAGAUGAAGGCAGACGGUACUGUUUCCCCUACUAAAUACACUUACUCAGUCCUUAUAGAUGGCUUUUGUAAAAGAAACAGAGUGGACAAGGCUCUGUUGCUUCUUGAGGAGAUGGAUGAGGGAGGUCUCCCUCCUUUUCCGAAAGUGUAUUGCACCUUCAUAACCACUCUUGGAAAGGCAAAUGAUGAGGUGUCUAAGGAAGAUAUAGAGAAUCUCGCAAAUGUCAUGAUCAAACAUUUUGGGAAACAUGGAAAGCUCAAGGAAGCUGUUGUUGUGUAUCUUCUCAGGGACCAUGCAAGAAGUGGUCUUAGUGUCAAUGCGCUUGUGUCAGGAAUGGUGAAGGCUGGUAUGAUUAAUGAAGCUAAUUUGUUGCUUAGAAGGAUGGAAGAAAUUGGCUUCAUCCUCAACGGCUUUGCUAGAGAAGGUGUGCCAAAGCUGGCUAUUGAUAUGUUUGAAGCUAUGAAGCAAUCUGGGAUUAAGCCUGAUGGUGUCACUUAUAAUACUCUUCUUGGAUGUUUCCUACACGCUAGAAUGUUUGAUGAGGCUGCAAGAGUUACCAGAGAGAUGAAAGAUGAAGGUUUUGCCAUCACUGACUCAUCAAUACUUGAAGCUGAUCAUGGCAAUGUGGAUCAAAAUCUGUUGUCCAGGUUCCAGGACUCCAUCAUCACGAAGAUAGAUGACAUGGGAAGCAGGAUCAAUGAGCAUGACCUAAAAGCUGAGAUUGGUGUGCAAGGCUCAGACGAUGAGCCUGAGACACCCGCUGGUUCCCCCUAAAAUGGUGGUUCAUGCUCAAGUUAUCAUCAAGCUUUGGCUAAUUAUGUUGUUUUAUAUUAUUUAGAUUUAGUUUUACACUUUUCAUUAUGAUGAUGACUUUUCUGUGUAAUAAAGUAAGUCUGUUAAUCUUGCUUAGAAGCAGAUUUCAUCAAACUUGGCUAAUUAUGCUUGUAUAAUAUUAUUUAGUUUUAAUU